AUGAAAACGGGCAGCUACAAAGGACUCCUUACUGUGACUAAAGACGGUGUGAGUGUUGGUACACGUAACUUCUACCCAAAUAUACAUAGCGAUUCCGUCGACAAGCAAUUCCCUCUAGUACAGACGGACAAAGGUAUCUACAAAGCUGGACAAACAGUUCAGUUCCGAAUUUUGGUCAUAAACGAUGAACGGAAAGUGGUACAGGAAACUUUCACCAUAGAAAUAUUCGACGCCGACUCCAACAGGGUGCGACGCUGGGCCAAUGUUACUGAUAGUGGCGGUGUUUACAUCGGUAGAAUGGAAAUGUCCAGUUAUCCCGUUCUUGGAGAAUGGACGAUAAAAGUUUCAAAUGAGAAAUUUACCAAAGCAACGUAUUUUGAUGUUGAAGAAUUCGAGCUUCCGAAGUUUUAUGUGGAGUUGGAUUUCCCACGGGAAGUUUCCACGGUUUCAGAAGACUCUUUAAACGGGAAAGUUUCGGCCCUGUACACCUUUGGAAAAGGUGUGUCUGGUGACCUGGAACUAACAUUAAAGUACUCGAGCUACAGUGCAGUGAAACAGUACAAGGUCAAGGACGGAUCCGUUGAUAUAAACUUGCCAUUUACAGAAUUAGCCUCAGACUUCAAAAAGUCAUAUUUUGCUCGGGACAUUUUCAAUGCCUCUCGUUAUUACACCAGCGUGCUACGGUUAACAAUUUUUGCCAAUGUCGUGGAAGAUGUAACGGGAGUGAAUAUUUCUGCAGAAUCGUUCAUAAAUGUUAGAGCAUACGACGUUGCCGUAGGACUAAAGUUUCAGCAGAAGUUUCACAUUGGACAAGACGUAGACAUUUCGGGGGAGAUAACCAGAUAUUCUGGCGACCCCUACCCUGGGAUUGCAUCGGCGGAUGUUGAUGUUUGGGUUGAAAUAAGGCUCUACCUUAUCAAUCGUAAAUGGGUCAUCAUUCGCAACUCAUCACGGAUUGAUGUUAGCGAAGACAACACAUUUAGUUAUACAGUUGAAGGGAAUGAUUUACAUUCGAACGUGUCGUAUAUCUACACUCGGGUAAAAACACGUAUAUCCUUCGACAAAAAAGAGGUAAGGCCAGGUGAUGCUGCCAAUAUUCACCUGGAAGGGAACGCAAAUUCUAACUUUUAUCUGCUAUCAGUGGACAAGAGCAUUCUGAUUUUGGAUCCAGGCAAUGAUAUCACGGAGAAACUUCUGCCUUCAUUAGAUAAUGGGAAAAAUACCAUUACACUUGAUGACUCCUCAUUUAGCAACAUUCUUCGGUCGGUAUGGCUGUAUUACACCGGAAUAUCACUAAGAGAAAGAACAGUAUUUGCAUCAUCUUCGUCUAUUACAACUUCACAACCGAAAAGCAAAGACAUCCAAGAAAAAUCGGUGACACUUCGAAAGAAAUUUCCCGACACUUGGCUAUUCAACAAUGUUACGUCAGGCGCGACGGGAAUAGCUGAGUUUAUUGCAACAGCUCCCGAUACAAUCACCACCUGGGUGGCCACAUGCUUUGCUAUUGAUGGAAACUCCCACCUGUCUGUAGCAUAUGCCCCUGCAGAGUUGAGGGUGUUCUUGCCCUUCUUCGUUAGUGUUCAGCUACCCUUUUCCGUCCUGCGCAAUGAGCAAGUUGUAAUACAAGCAAAUGUGUUCAACUAUCACUCGGAAGAUCUCUAUAUUCUCGUCACAUUAAAGAAAAGCGACUCAUUCAGAGGACUUGCUGUUUCAAAAAGAGGAAAGUCCAGAAAGCUAAAGGAAAAAUGUGGCGAUCUUGUUCUGUGCAUUUUGGCGAAAUCAGGUAGGGCUACCCCUGCAUUUUUCCCGAUCGUUCCCUUGGAGAUUGGUGACAUUAAAUUAACAAUUCAGGCCGACUCCGAAAUAGCCAAAGACACCGUGGUAAAAGACUUGAGAGUAGAGCCGGAAGGAGCGGAGAGAAGCGUGGCGUACCCUGUCCUGAUCGACUUGUCCCAGACAAACACGUUUGAUUACAGAUUUGAGCUCUCAUAUCCUGGAAAUGUAGUCGAAGGCUCCAAGCGAUUGAGACUUACUUUAAAUGGUGAUGUUAUGGGGCCUACAAUCGACAACCUAGAUAGGCUUGUUAGACAUCCGUAUGGCUGCGGAGAGCAAAAUAUGAUAUCUACAGCCCCGUCUGUAUUUGUUAUGGGAUACUUAACUGCUGUCGACCGGUUGGACGCUAGCCUUGAGAAACUGGCAGAAAAUUUUAUUGGAAUUGGAAUACAGCGCCAGAUGGGUUACAGACACUCGGAUUGGUCUUUCAGUGCUUGGGGCGGGUCCGGAUCUGGGAGUUCAUGGUUAACAUCAUUUGUUCUAAAAGUUUUCUCAAAGGGGACAUUUUACGUUGACGUCGAUGAACGCGUUAUAACGUUACCAAGCGCGUAUCUUCUUUCUAUCCAGAACAAAGACGGAAGUUUUCCGGAGCGUGGACAUGUUAAUAGUCGCUACAUGCAGGGCGGAUCAGUCGGAACGGUAGAAAGAAUGACUGCAUACGUAUUGAUCGCUCUGUUGGAAGCUAAGCACGCAGGAAGCAAAACAAUCAAGUUUAGUGCUGAUCAAGAAAGUAAACUAGAAGCAGGCAUAAAAAGUGGCAUGAGAUUUCUUGAACAGAACUUAGAUAACAUUACAUCCGUUUACUCGCUCGCCAUUACAACCUAUGCACUUGGACUGGGAGAAUCUAAAUUAGCUUCCGACGCAUUAUUGCUUUUAAAGAGUAAUGCAAAGACUGCAGGAGACAUGCUCUACUGGCAAGAGACGGCGCCUGUCCCCUCAAAAUACCACUACGGGCCUUCUACAACGGCAGUGUCUAUUGAAAUGACAGCAUACGCGCUACUCUCAAUGUCAGUUUCCGGUGACAGGGUUGACGGAGCACGAGUCAACAAAUGGCUGAUUGGUCAACGUAGUCCGUACGGUGGAUUUAUUUCUACCCAGGAUACAAUGAUUGGACUAGAGGCCCUCGCUGCAUUUGGGGCACUGAUGAAGUCACCGCCUGCUGACAUGACUAUCUGGAUAUCAUACAUGGACGACCGUCAUCAUAAACGGAAAUUCCGAAUAACGUCGGAAAAUGCAAUGGUGUUGCAGACAGUGGAUCUUUCGACAGAUACCAGCGAAAUUUCCGUGCAUGCACUAGGGGAAUCGAAAGCCAUUAUUACGGUAUCCUUGUUCUACAAUAUAUUCAUGGACCUUGAAGACCAAGAUCUCCGUCUGGAGGUUGAUGUUAUAAAAGAGUCCGUUAAUGGUUUUACAGUUCGUUCUUGUGUUAGUUGGUUGGAAAAAGACAUUAGUGGCAUGGUUGUAGCUGAGAUAGGAAUUCCGUCAGGAUUCAAUGCAUUUAGAUACGGAAUAUCUGGACAUGAGCUUCUUAUGCGGACCGAAAUUCAAGAGAAAAAAGUUGUUUUGUAUUUUGAUCAGGUUACCGAAGCGAAGGUAUGUGUGGACAUAAGCAUGGUCCGAGACACCAUGGUUGCCUCAGUGAAGCCGGUUCCAUGCACAGUGUACGAAUACUACGAACCAAGUAACCAGAUGACAGUGUUUUACGCUCCUCUGAAAGCGAAGAACUCAAACAUUUGUGACGUGUGCGGAAUAGAAUGUGGCUGCGUGGGGGGAAACGACCGGAUGUGGAUGCCCAUGUGUCCGGAAAGUUUAAAAACGGGUAGCUACAGCGGAAGCCUUACUGUGACUAAGGAUGGAAUAUGGAUUGGUAGCACUACUUUCCAUGUGCUUGUAGAAGGCGAUUCCGAAGACAGACAAUACCCUCUAGUACAGACGGAAAAAGGCAUCUACAAGGCUGGACAAACAGGUGAGAUGGGCUAA